UAUAAAAAUGUUGAAAAUCCUUAUUAAAUAAAGAAUUUUACAUUAAUGCAAACAAUUUAUACAUUUAUGUUACUAGUUACUAUAGAAACCGGGAAGCACAGAUAUCUAAGCAAUCACACACAACUGAAUGCUAAUAUUACUAAGAAUUGCUUUGAUAUCAGUAGCUAAAUAACGUAUUAAUUUGUGAGUAACAAUAGUGAUUAUUAUCCUAUAUUUGAAAACAGUAUUUUAAUCUAUGUAUAUAAAAAGUAUGAAUUUACAAUACGCUUACACAAAAAAACGGAUACAAUUUGGAAAACAAUGCAGUCUUUCAGAUUUCCAAAAAAUAGAAGUUGAUAUCAAACCGCACAUAGGGUAUACGAAUAAUUAUAUUCAUGUAGAUCCUGCCACACAUGGAACUCAAUGUGGCAAAACAUAUUCUGCUCAUGAGGUAAACACAAAUACUGCAACGUUCAAAGAUAGUAGUAUGUGUCAUUCUGAAGGUGGCUGGCCAAAGGACUUGAACGUGAAAGACACAGAACAAAUAGUUAGAUAUAAACGUAAAAUAGAAAAGGACGAACUGUAUAUUCAUACAAUGCUUCAAUUAUUGCCUCCAAUAGAACAUUGUAUAUUACAAAACAAUACUUGUAAUAUUUAUGAACAGUACUUCAGUUACAUGGAACCAAUUUCAUUAACACAAAAAGCUUAUUCACGUACAGUGAAUGUCUAUCGUGAUGUUUCGUCAAUAAAGAGACAAAUAACACACCUUUCCUGGUCGCCAGACCAAGGAAAUUACUUUGCAGCUAGUUAUUGCAAUACAGACUUCAAAAAAGGAGUAAAUGAUAAUCCUGUUUCAUAUAUUUGGAACAUAGAAAGUCCAAAUACUCCAUGUUUGACAUUAAAACCAUUCUGUCCGAUUUUGACAUUGGAGUAUAAUUCUAAGGACAGUAAUAUAUUAGUCAGUGGAUUAAUGACUGGUCAAGUAUCUUGUUGGGACAUUAGGAAAGGGUCAGAACCAGUUGAAACAAGUUCAGUAGAAUUUAGUCACAGAGAUUUAUGCAAUAAAGUCUUGUGGAUAAAUUCUAAAACUGGUACAGAAUUUUUCAGUGCUUCAAAAGAUGGACAGAUAAUGUGGUGGGAUAUUAGGAAAUUACAUACACCUACGGAAACAUUAGUGAUAGAUUUAUGUAAUCCUGAUGAUCAAAAUGUUGAGAAAGCAACUGGAAUUUCAGCAUUGCAGUUUGAACCAUCUAUGGGUACACGUUUCAUGUGUGGUCUUGAAAAUGGCAUGGUAAUAUCGGGAAAUCGUAAAGGUAAAACUCCAGGUGAAAAAAUUGCGACUAGAUUUAAGGCACAAUAUGGACCUGUGAUAAGUCUAGAAAGGAAUCCAACAUUUGUUAAGAAUUUUUUAACCAUUGGCGAUUGGACAACGAGAAUAUGGUCUGAAGAUUGUAAAGAAUCUUGCAUUGCUUGGACACCCGGUCAUAGGGACUUCUUAAUUGGUGGAGCAUGGAGCAUGACACGCUUCUCUGUAUUUUUCUUAAUUAAAAUGGAUGGAACUUUAGAUGUAUGGGACUUGUUGAUUCAACAAGAUUCUCCAAUCUUUAGUAUAAAAGUUUGCGAUGAAAUUUUAACGUGUAUACGACCCCAUGAACAGGGCCAAUUGGCUGCUGUUGCAAAUAAAAAUGGAACAACAUUUUUACUUGAAUUUUCAGAAGCAUUGACAACUAAUCAAAAAAAUGAUAAGCUUCUACUUACAGCGCUUCUUGAUAGAGAAACACGCAGAGAAAAAGUAAUAGAGGCUAAAAAUAGAGAGAUGAGAUUAAAAAUGAAAUCUCUUCGAAAUAUUAACUUUGAGAUUGAAAGCUCAACAGGAAAUACGAAGAUUGAUGAGAAACCAGAUUCAAAGUGUCUCAAUCUUGGUACUGAUGAUGCAAUGUUGAUGAAUUGUGAACAAGAUUAUGAAAAUGCUAUUACAACAGAAAUAGCAAAACAAGCAGCAAUAGAUAACGAGGAAAUGAACAACAAACACCUAGUAAAUGGAAUGACCAAUUCACAAAAUGGUUUUUAAAUAUAUGCAUUUACUAAAAUCAUUAAUAAAACC